AUGCAGUGCUUUAUGCCAGAGCAAGAUGUUGCCGAGAUUAUCCGUCGCCUAAAAGCGGGUAUGGAUGCCGCAACAAUAGUAAGCUACGUGAGGGAUGGCAAUCUGCUCGUGCAACUCUCAUUGACACCAGAGACUACUCGUCGAUAUGAAUUCCCCUUGGUGACCGAGAUGCCAUACCACCUCUACAUCGGAGGCAACCCGUAUCUGGAAUCCUUGUACCAUAGGUCCUUGUUUCCACGUUCAACCAGUGGUAGCGAGAAUUCGAGUCAGGAAACCGAAGUUCAAGGUGUCAAAAAAGAUAACCGGCGUGUAGUAGACAAUGACAUUCAUCAUAGCGCGUACGAGAUGCCGGUCAUCUCCGAUGAUCACUUGUUCAGAAGGCUCAUUUCCUCCUACUUUUGUUACCCUCAUCCUUGCGGUCCUUUCAUACACAAGGAUUUAUUCUUGGAAGACAUGGCUGCGGGCCGGGCUACAUUUUGCUCGCCAUUGCUGGUCAACGCUAUGCUUGCCAAUGCUUGCGUAUGA